ACACACACGCACGCGCGUGCACACCGCAGAAUCUUUUUUAUUUGAUUAUUUUUAUAUCGUUUCUUUAAGUGAGAAAAACGCGCAGCGCGGCGCGCGGACAGGCAGAAGAAGGAGAAGUCACCUUUCUACAACCGGGAGGCUUUGAGGAAACGACACAGCGAGUCAUCAUGUGAGAGAAGUUCAGGAGAAACGGACAAAAAGGGCUGGAAUACGCGCGGAACUGAAAGUAAAAGGGACGCCCUCCCCGCUGCCGCCAACCUGCCAAUCAUCUGUCCCACGUCGCAUCUCUCUGACUGCUAGUGAUGAGUCCUUAAGCUGCUGCUGGAUAAAUGAUCACUAAUCACCUACAGAAGAUGAAGGACCAGUCUGGUGUGAGCGGAAUGUCCGUGGAUGAGAAGCCUGAAGCCCCCAUGUAUGUGUAUGAGUCGACGGUUCAUUGUACCAACGUCCUCCUCUGCCUCAACGACCAGCGGAAGCAGGAUAUCUUGUGUGAUGUGACUGUCCUGGUAGAGGGCAAGGAGUUCCGAGGGCACCGGGCCGUGCUGGCUGCCUGCAGCGAGUAUUUCCUCCAGGCGCUGGUGGGCCAAGCAGAAAAUGGUUUGGUUGUUAGCCUUCCUGAAGAGGUCACUGCCAGGGGAUUCGCCCCAUUGUUGCAGUUUGCCUACACUGCUAAGCUGUUGCUCAGCAGAGAAAACAUCCAGGAGGUCAUCCGCUGUGCCGAAUUCCUGCGCAUGCACAACCUGGAGGACUCGUGCUUUCGCUUCCUGGAAGCUCAGCUUCGCCGAGAGGAGGACAGCUUGCUGCUUUGCCACAAGGCGGCAGCGGUGGCAAGCAACUCAGAGGACGAGAGCAUGCAGUCAGAAGCGGAUAGGCCCACCUCCCCCAGGGCAGAUGCCGCUGACUCCCUCCAACACCCUGAUGAUGAAAGGCUAGCGAUGACAAUGCCCAGUGACUUCACAGAUGGUCGGCUGGACUUUGAACGGCAUGGAGCAUCAGACCUGCCACGAUGCCCCAAGUACAGGAAAUACCAGUGGGCUUGUAACAAGCACAAUAAUGACACCUCCUCACACACCAGUACCUCAGGUUUUCCAAGCACAUUAAAGGAGAGCAGCGUUGGCGGGGUCGUAGCGGGUCAGGGCAGGCUGCCUGUAGCUCAGAUAAAAGUUGAACCGCAGGCAGAGGAAGAGGCCAUUUCAUUGUGUCUGUCUGGGGACGAGCCGGAUGUCAGGGAAAAGGACAGCUUGACAGCCAUGGAAAUGGACAGCCCCAUAUCGCUGGAAAGAACCAAGAGAACCAAGUCCCCGUCCUGUCUCCAAGCCUUUUUCAAGAAAGGGGCAGACCUCCCCAGUCUGUCCAACACAUCACAACAGCUAUUCACCAACAGACUUGUCUGCCCCCAGGACAAAGGAAACUCUCAGGGAGAUCAUAAAAAAGACUUAAGGCCUUUCACUGGGGAGCUGGCGCUGUCUGUAACAUCCCCAAAAGAGGACGGUUUCCCUGCAGGGCUGUCUCUCAAGGCUGCCUCCUAUGAUGGGGUCUGCAAACAGGAAGUUGAGCUAGAUCGUCGUAGUGUCAUAUUUUCCUCAGGGGCCUGCAACCGUCUGGGAACACCAGCGCAUUCCUACCCCGGUGGGCACUCUUUGGAAAUGGAACUCUCUGAGCAUAUGACAAAGGGCCUAUGGGCUGGAGCCAGCCAGUCCCUCCCCAACUCCCAGACCUAUUCCCCCAGCACCACUUCCUCUGAGCCCCCAGUCCUGUGCCGUCCACCGCCCAACACCAGCUGUCCAGUGCCAAUCAAAGUGUGCCCACGCUCACCGCCUUGUGAGACACGCACCCGGACCUCCAGCUCCUGCUCCUCCUACUCAUAUGCCGAGGACGGCAGCGGAGGCUCUCCCUGCAGCCUGCCCCAGUUUGAGUUUUCCUCCUCGCCCUGCUCCAACGUGGCACGCUGCCUCACCGUGGACCAGCAGGAGCACAAUGUGGGAGGAGAUGCCCUUUUCAACCAGGUGCGGCCCAAGAUCAAAUGUGAGCAGUCUUACGGCACCAACUCCAGCGAUGAGUCAGGCUCCUUCUCAGAGGGAGACAGCGAGUCCUGCCAUGUGCAGGAGCAAGGGCCGGAGGUGAAGCUUCCUUUCCCUGUAGAUCAAAUCACAAAUCUUCCACGGAAUGACUUCCAAAUGUUGGUGAAAAUGCACAAAUUGACCUCAGAGCAGCUGGAGUUCAUCCAUGAUGUGAGGCGGCGAAGUAAGAACCGCAUCGCUGCACAGCGAUGCCGCAAGAGGAAGUUAGACUGCAUCCUGAACCUGGAGUGUGAGAUUAGAAAACUGGUGUGUGAGAAGGAAAAGUUGCUGACGGAGAGGAACCAGCUGAAGGCGUGUAUGGGCGAGCUGUGGGAAAACUUCUCCUGCCUGUCCCAGGAGGUGUGCAGGGACGUCCAGCUAAGCCCUGAGCAGGUCCAGUCCUUACACCACUACUGCCCCGUGCUGCGGCCUGCCAGCAACAAUGCUGCCCAUGAGCCCAAACCUGCCCUCAGCAACCGCCCCACCACCGCGGCCACCACCAGCAUCGACCUCACCGCCCACUCUGGCUCGGCCACACCAGAACCCAGCUUUCCCGGGUCGCCUGGUCCCUCGGAGCCCGACUCGGCUGUCAGAAAUGGGCCGGACAGAGAUAUGGACGGCCAGGAGUCGGGGUUGUCCGUGGAAAAGUCCAACCAGACAGUAACGGUGGAUUUUUGCCAGGAAAUGACUGACAAGUGUACAACAGACGAGCAGCCGAGGAAGGACUGUACUAACUAGUGUUGGUUCUUUGUUCUCAUGUUUCAGAUGAUUUUGUAUUAUUUAAUUUUACUCUUCUGACAAACCCUUUCUCUGGGUUGUAAGACGGUCAGCCGCUACCAGUGUUCACUGAACAAGCUCCGUUGUAUUUAUGUCUUUUUGUGCUGUUUUUUAAUGGUUGACACUAAAGUUGUCUUAACAGCAGCAAUACUGUUCUACAGGCAUUUUCCUCUCAUCCCGGCAGAGCGGAGCCUCUCACCAAACCCUUACAAUGGUGCUAUCCUCGCCCUGGCAGCAACCUACACAGUCACACAUCACAACGCAAAGUUGAACCUCAUCGGACCUAAACAGCAGCUCUUUGUCUCUCUGUACCAACAGUAUCUCUGCUCUUGCCUUCCUAUUUUCUUCCUCUGUUUCCGUGGCUGUUCUCACACACGUGCUGCAGCCCUGACAUGUUCUAGGCAUGUUCCAGAGGGCGGCACAUGCAUCUGCUGCCUAGCUGGUAUCCGUUCUGGAAAAUCUCUGACCAAUACUUCCACUUCUGACAGGUGGGUGAUGAGUGGCACAUCCUCAUGAUCAAACUGCAGAGUUUUAGUAGCAUGUGUGAGAAUCUGCCUGGAGAUUCUCUAAAUCUCUGCACAUCUUCAGAAAUUUUCCAACAUUCAUGUGUGAAAACAGCCCAUCAGUCUCUUCUACCUCUCUCUGUCUCGCUCUCUUUUCUCUGUUUCUUCUAUGAUUAUAUCUCAGUGGCCCUUUUUGUCACAGCAAUUCAAACUCAGGAAAAAAAUCCUCUGAAUGUUCAACCGAAUUCAUGAAAAUGAGAAAACGGCUUCUGUAGAUGAGGAAGUUACGAUGCAGUGAGACUGUAAAAUGUUCAUAUGCAAAAAGAAAAACAACAAAAGAAGAAUCUUCAAGCGUGUGUCAGUCAUGUUUCUGUACAGGAGAACUUUGUUCAGGCUGUAACCGAAAACAUUCCUUCUAUGCCUUCCACAGCACUGAAAUGAAAGGAGGAAAAAAGGCUUUUGCAGGCAGUUCGAUGGCUGUUUUUAUUUUCCACACAUCAGCAAUACCAUGUAUCUGGAUGUUGUAUCGGUGAUUUUAAGUGCUCGUAUGGCAGAUGUGUAAAUAGUCUGGAGCAUGAUGACUGUAACGGUGAUUUUUGUACAGGUAGAUGUUUCUUUUCCACUGGGGUUAUAUCAAGCACCUUUCUGCUGAGGGGAAUCUUCGCUUUGCUGUUUCCUGUCCUGCCUAAUGAAAACCUGCCGUCAUGGUGGGCGUUCUUAUACUCAGGAAAUCAGCUGAUCCACAUAUAUAUACAUACACACAGUACAUAUAGUCCCACACAUCCACACACACACAACCUUGAGCCCCAUGCAUGUAUUACUCUGGAUCUGUGGCUCAGGCCAGCUCCUUUUCGCCUCCCAGUCCUCUUUAAAUGUGAAAAAAACUUUAGUGUUUUUUUUUCCUGUAUCAUUUCUAAGGAUUUUUUUAUGAUUAUUAUUUCUUAUCUAAAGAUGCUCUUUGUGUACACUCGUGCAAACUGGAUUUCAUCAGCGUUGUCUUUUGACAUUUGGAGACGGAGAUGUUUUUUUCAAAUUGAUGAUAUGUACUUUUAACAACAACAAAAAAAGAAAUUCAGGCACUUUGCUUCCAGCCCCAAGCACUCAGAGCCUUUUAGCACUUCGGUGAGGAUGUUUGUCUUUAUUUCAGACAAAUUAAAAAUUCUCCGAUUGAAGCACUUAAAUUGGAAAUCUGUGUUUAUAUGAUUUUAUAAAUAGAGAAUAAGAAACAUGUCUAUGAAGAAUCAGAAACCUAAAUACAAAAAGGAAGCUAAUGUUUUAGUAUACGAGUGUUCACACCUUAUAUUUGUAUAUCUUUAGGAAUUGAAUAAGCUAAUAGACGUGAAAGCGGUGUAUAUGUAGUCCAAAUGAUUAACAAUCAUAUAAGACAGUAACUUGUUUGCCCUAAUUGUGUUUGAACAUCCAGCUUUGUGAUGUGCAUGCAUGCUGCCUCUAGCUAUGAGCUUACUUAGUCUAGCUUCUGUUUUGCCUUGUAAGUUUUCUCCCAAGCAGUCUGCUCUUUCAAUUUUUUAAUUUUCUAUGUAAAAAAAAAAAAGUUUAAUAAUGUCAAACCCUCAUUGGAGGAAGGCUUUAAAGUAGAAGUAGGGUGCCACACUGCAGCACAUUUCUGUUGGAAGUUUUGUUUGUUUGAUGCUCUUUAAAGCCCCAAUCCCAGUGGCACUUCCUGUUAGCAUCACAGAGCUAAAGCUAGCAUUGCUUCUGCUACAAAGACAGUUUCUUUUACAUGUUUUCUGAAAACGAGAUGUCCCUUUAGCUUUAUUGUCCUCUGUGUAAAGCAAUCAAUAAUCUAUAAAAACACCUGCAGUUAUAAUGAACCCCAUCAUCCAAAGUUAGCUCUGCAGCUCUGGACAGAUUAGCUGCAAACCGCUAAGCUAGCCUCGUUUUUAAAUCUGCUCAUGAACGUUUGAUUUAAUUUUGUAGAUAUUCGUUUCCUCCAUCCUGAGACAGGCUAUUCAGGAGAAGAAUUCAUGAUAUUUGAGCUUGUUUAGUGGUACAAGAAACAAGGAAACAUGUAAAUUCUUAGAAAAAUAAAAACCCAGUCCCCAAGCAGCACCUUUGAUGAUGGCAAUGAAAACUGGGAUUGAGCCUUUGAAGCUUGGAUGGGAUUUUUCCCUCGACUUUUACUGGUGUAAAUUUUAGCGGUAGUUUCAUUUCAGCUUGUUUCUGUUCCCCAACAGGACAGAGAAACCCUUCAGUGUGUUUUAUAUUCCUGACUUUAAAUUGUUAAGACUGCUCUUUAUUUAGUCGAGAAUACACACCCAGACAUGCACACAUUCACAUGCAUUCAUUCAGAACACACACACAGCACAUACGUGUUGGGAGCGGUUAUUCUUGGUAAGCCGACGUGGUUUGUUUGUUCGGCCUGUUUUGCCAGAUUUCUCCUAUUUUUUGUCUUUCUAUUUUCACUGACAGGCAGAAAUGCUUUGAUAUUCUGCCAGAAAAACGUAGGUGGACUAUCUGCAUGAGACUCAUUAUGCAGCUUAUUUUCUAACAGUCAUUUCAUUUUCAUUAGUAGUGGAGUGUUGUGUUGGAGAGCGCAGGCUCUUUGACUUGAUCCUUUUCGUUUGUAAUGUAGCCAAACUUCAUGGUUGUCUGUUGAGAUAUUCUGAGAAUUUUAUAGCAAACACCUAAAUUUAAACUUUAAACUGACUUUCCCAUAGAUACGAGAUGAAGAGGUGAAACAGUCCAACACUCUGCAGUCCCUUUUCCAUUUUCUGUCCACUUCAGGGCCUUUGGAGUCUUCUUGCAUUCUUAUUUAGCAUAAAGCAAAAAUCUAGCCCGAUUGAUGAGAUAAAUGUCAUAACGUAGCUUACAGUAGUCUUGUUUAAACCACACAGACUACAUUUUCCACUCACAUUUAAUGUGGUCAGUUCACCAGAAGAAUGUUUUACCUCUGAUGGCAUCUACCCGUACAGAUAGUUUGAUUAAGAUUUUCCUGGUUUUAGGAUGUUUCUGCCUUCACCUACAACUAAUAAAAGAACUUGUCUUUCUGACUUUGCCUAAAUGAAUGAAAUAAAUAGAUUUAAAAAAAAUAACUAACAAUGAAAAAUGUAGUAGCAUCACCUGCUGAUGGACAUGGUGUGGUGUUAUUCAUGCUACAGCGUAAGUUCCAUGUUAUUGUUGACACUGUUGUUCUGGCAAAGCUAACAGAGACUGCCUACAUCGCAGUGGAGUUCUGGCAGAAAUCUGCAUUGUUCAAACCAAAGCUGUCUGCCUGGCAAAAUACCAGCAGAAGUAUCUUUACAGAUAUAUUUUUAUGGAUGAAGCAUGAGUUAAACGGAGUGCCAAGCAUUUGUCUGGAUCACGCUGCAGCAAAAUGGUUUGAUUUUUAGCAUUUAAAAACAAAUUUUCCAUAAAGUAAGAAAUCUUUAAAAGUUUAAGCCUGAAAAAAUGUAAAAUAAUAAUGAUAAUAAUUUGCAUGUCUGUACGGUAUAUUACCGUGUGAUAUAUCUAAUUUAUUGUAGUGGAAAGGUAUCCACCAGAAAAGAAGCUUCAGACUAUAUAAAACAGAGUUUUGAGCUAUGUUUGAACCAUAUGGUGAUGACACAGGUCUCAGAAACUGGAUGUAUUAAAUCUGAUUUAUUAAUGGCUCAAUGCUGAACAAUAAUAAUUUCUUUAUUGGCCACAAGGGCACAGAAGAGCAAACUGUAAACACGUAAUAUGUUUUUAUACAUUCAGUCAUGUUUGUGCCCACAGAUGAAUGUUUAGCUCGAUAUAUUAGAUGUACACCAGCUGUACACAGGAAGCUGUCAGGAGCUUUCUUUUUUUUCUAUAAACAGCUGCUACUAGUCAACAAAACUGACUUUGGUUGAUGUAAAACCAAAACAAUGAGCUAAAAUGGGCUGAAAAGCAAUGCAGAGCAGAGGCAGAGUUGUGAUAAUUCCCAUUUAGUUAGCUUCUCAUUUCACCUCAUUAGCUCCACGGUCGAUACACAAACCAGUUUCUGAGAUUUUAAGAGUUAAAAUCCAUUAAACUUGUUAUUUGAUAUGUUGCUAUGCGGACGUUGCUUUGUGCAGGUCAGACUGGUCUUUGUGGCCCUCACAGCUGGUUAUUUGGAGCUCAGCUCCUACCUGGUUUUCUGUGUAUUUGUCUUGUUUGUUUUAACGUUUUGUUGCUGCUUCUCUGAAACAAACACUGGCUUUUGCAACUCCAAAGGUUGUUCUGAAAGAAUAUGAAAAAAAAACAUGCCUUUUUAUAGAUUCUGGAAACCUGGCUGACUGCAGGCUGAAAUCACUGAGUAACGUAUAAAACGGUGUAUGUUUACAGACUGGUGUUUUAUGUCAUGUUUGACACAUUUUGCCAUGUAAAAAUUGCUCUGUUUAAUUGGUGUUGUGUAAAAGACAAAGAAUGAGCUCUCUCCUUGUCUUUCAUCCAACUUUUGGGAAGGGUCAGCAUUACAUAAAUACAAGUGCAUCUCCGAUAUUUGCCUUAGAACUUGCAGAGGCCAUAGUUCACAUUUAAGUGAAGUGAGUGUAUGCAGGGGCCUGGGCCCCCAUCCCCGAGUAACCAGUGCGGACUUUCUCACACUUAUCUACCUGUGAAAUCCUUCAUACCUCUCAUAACUGGUCAAUGACUGUAUCAGCAAACUGCAUCAGGUGUUUUUUCUACAUGCUUUUUACACAGAUUAUAUGGAUUAUUGUAUUAGUAGUUUUUUGGUGCAUCAUUUUUAUUGUAAUAGCUCCUAAGCUUGUAGUUCAAGUUGGGUUUUUCUCUCAUUUUUCUAGAUGACUGUUUUGUGUUGAUAUUGUCCAUUUGGAAAUAGUGGUUAUUUGCUUAGUCUCUACUAAGUUUUUACCUAAUUUUUAAACCCUACAACACCCUAAUUAUUAAAUGACUUAAUAACCAUUGUAAAUACGGUAUUGUGCAAACUCCAUUUUCAUUCAUUUCAUUUGCUAAUGUUAUAUAAAUGACUUUUUUUUUGUCUAGACACCAUUUCUCUAUGAAAUAAAGAAACAUGCAUAUCA